UGCCGUUCUGUGUGUGGGUCGAGGACUCGAGGGCGGCGACUCCGAAAGUAUCGUCGCGUGGUAUAUUCGCACCAAAAUACACCCAUUACCUAGUGAAAAUAAGUCAAAGAGCUCAAACAGCGACGUAUACAACUUUUGCGUCCUCUUUCCUCGUACGAAAAAAAAGACAAGGAGAGGAGCGAGUAGAGGAGAUAGACUCGUAUGCGUACACGUCGUCGUCGUAGUCGGUACCGACGACGACGACGGCGCCCAAAGAGCUGGGUCGUUGAAGACGUUCAAGUGCACGAUGUACGCCCCGGUGCCUUCUGAAUUCCUAACCUAGAACUAGAAAGCUUAUCGACCUUGGGAGUUGGAGUGCUUUCUUCUCUGAUGGUGUUUACAAUGUACUUAUAUCUUUACGUCGUCGUAGCACUAGUGUAGCAGUAUCAUGCGACAUGCACGCACUCGUACGAAAAUAACAGUGCAGAAGAAAGAGAGAGGUACAUCGUCAUAUCUAAUAAUUGUGUGCAUACUGUGUAUGUAAUAAGCUACCUGAACAAGCUGUAUAGAUCGCAGAGAAAGAGUAUAUGGAGUAUGGAGAGCCAGAGGAGCUGACUCGAAGAGAAUAUAUACAUCUCCUCCCUGCGUAAAGUGCGGGUGUAUACGCAUCUUCCUCUCUCUCUCUCUCUCUCUUCCUCCCCUGUACGUUCUAUCCUAUCCAUCCAACAAUCCUGUCCGACAUCUGCGACAGUGCAUCUCUCGCGGGCGUUUGUGUUGUUUCGUUUCAUCACUUGUUGGUGCUCCGUUUUUUACGUGCAUAUGACUGCAUUCACGAAUAGUGUAUAAUUACUUAGUGUAUGGUGAAAAAAAAAAAAAAAAUUUAAGUUGAUCCUUUUUUAUCCUUGUGACUACGCUCUCUUGUUUUUUACACUUUGGCGUACCUGUAGAGAAAAACUACGUAAAAGAGGAGAACUCACGGGGCACAGCGUGGAUUGUUCAGAGUGAAAAAAUAAGAAUAGGAAAUAAAAAAGGAAUCAUCAUCAUCAUCAUUGUUAUCCAAGUAUAACGGAGAGGAGCAACAGCAACAGUCGCCAAGCCACCUAGAGCAGUGCCGCUAUCCGUGUCUAUAUACAAAUGGUCGAAAGAGAGUGUUGCAUAUGUGUUUGCGUGUAGUGGUGUAUGCCCGUGUGUACACAUACUAAUCCACCGGUGGACACGGUGCAAAGUGGCGGCGGCGGCGGCGGUAACAGUGGCAGCGGCAGCGGUGUCGGUGGCGGCUUGGCAGUAAAAAUGGCGUCCGAUAACGAAGCCUCCUGCGUGACUGACCCAAAUUUUGCAGUGAUUUGCUCGUUCCUCGAGUACUUUGGCAAAAGCUGUGGCCUCGACUACCCGGACAUCGGCCGGCUCCAGGAGAUGAUCGAGAACGCCCAGGAAGUACCCCAAAAACUAAUAGAUUUACACAUAAAACUACUUCGUAAAGCAAGAAAAAGUGUAAACUCAGAUAGAUGGGAGAAAGCACUUGUCAAAUUUUGUCACACAUAUUCCAACCAAGAUGGUUGGGAACUUGAACGUUUUGGGUACAAAAAGGCUCGAGUGGCCGUGAAACUACGCCUACUUAAGGCUCUAUUGGAGGUACAAUUUGAUAUGAAUCAAAAGUUUAAAAAUGAAAUAAACAAACUGUCCUCCAGUGAAUUGCGACUGGAACCGUUAGGACGUGAUAAAUCUGGCAUGGUUUAUUGGUGCCAGCUUGACGAUGAAUGCAACAUUCGGGUCUAUCGUGAAGACUUGGAUGAAGAAAAUUGGGAAUUGAUUGCUAAAACUCGUGAUGAGGUUGUUUCCUUAAUAAACAACCUAACAGAUGGUGAAAUUGGUGCUAUACCUAUAAGUGAAGACAGUAACAGUCUUGAGACUUCAGAGAAGCCAACGAUUGAUACUGGUCAAGACGAGAAUAGUAUUGUUAAUGGCGAUGCCUUGGAAUCUGAAAAACUGGAACAAAUUGAGGGUGAAACUCUCAAAAACAAUGUAACUGCUGAACUACCAGCUGAUCAAGACAAUGAUGAAGAAGAAGAAGAGGAGGAAGAAGAUGAUGAUGAGGAAGAUGAAGAGGAAGAAAAAGAAGAAGAGGAUGAAGAAGAAGAGAACGAAGAAGAAGAGGAAGAAGAGGAGGACGAAGAGGAUGAAAAGGAAGAAGAGGAGCAGGAAGCCGAAACUGAAACUGUCAAAGAAAACCCAAUGGAGGCUUCUGCAAAGCAGGAGCCUGAACUAGUUCAAGAUUCUCCUCAAACGAGUGAAAUAAAAAAUGAACUUAAGACUGAGGUGCCGUACCAAGUAACGAUAACCAAAGUUGAAGCACCUCGAAGUCUUGAACCCCUUCCUAAGAAGGAAGACAGAGAACCCGAUCGAAAAAACAUUUAUAUCAACACAAAGAACGGUGUAGCGAUGGAAAGUGUUGUAGUGGGACCCAAGGCCAUUGAAACGCCUGUUAUUACAAGUUCACCUCUUAAACUUGUCAACAUUUCCGAAUUGAAACAGUCACCUGAGAAAAAACCAGAAGUGAUUGGUAAAAUCGGAAUGAUCAAUAAUCUGCCAUACACGACAACGAUAGAACCGAGUAUAGGUCACAACAAGCUACCUAUUAAGCCAAUUGAUCAGCUUGCCGCUACUUUAAGUCGGAAACAAUCUGAAAAGCAACAUCAUCUAGAAAAAUCAUCCAGCAAACUCGACAAAAUUGCAGAGAAUCUAGCCAAGGGCCAGGUAAGCAUGCACAGCAUCUUGAACGCGGGCAACGGUAGCCAAGACGAAGAUCUCAGACUGCGUAACAAUCAUCAACGAGGCAUUGAUCUGUCAACGUCACCUCGAGGCUGGGAAAUGGCUGGAGUUGGUGUUAGUGAUCUUAGUGCUAGUAACAUUAGACCUGUUGACUUUACUGGCAUGGAUUUGUCCAGCCGAAGGUCAAAUAAAGAACUACCUUCACCGUCUACUGGUUACAGACCACAAGAUUACCACCUUCAACAGCAACAAAGAGAGAUGGAUCUUAGCACAAGAAAAAGCUCGGUCAAGCUUCACCCUAAUAUGGCUACAUUUGAUCCAUCAGUAUAUGAUCCACGUGCAAUCAUGAUGCAAAACCAUGCAAUGGUUGCAGAUCUGAGUAAAAGACAGAUGCCCUACUCUGCCUACGAGCUUCCAACAAAUCCGGGAGUACCUUACCUUCCACCCCGGCAUUCUAAGAACAUCGAUACAAUACCUCAACAGCAACGAUUACCCAGUUAUGCUAUGCUACCUGAUCCAAGUAAACUUACCCUGCGAAAACGACAAUUGGAAGCUGAGAGCUUACAGGUAGCAGAUAUGCACAAGCGUUCGCGGCUUGAUAUUGUUCCUGGCUUGACAAAUACGCUCAAUCCUAUUAAAUUACAAGCACCUCAGCAAAGAAUGGAUUGGGGAAGAGGAGAAAUAGUGGGUGAAGAAAUCACAGAGCCCGUGAUGAUGGUCCAUGGCCAAGGCUCGGGUAACGAUUGCGAUGCGGCUAACUUGAUGGUCGAGGAGGCGAUCGAAGAACCCGUUAUGUUCGUCUAUGGUGAAGGUUCAGGAUCAGAGUGUGAAACAGGCAAUCCAGCCGACGAGACGUCCACUGGCAAAGACGACGAUAGCAACAAAGAAACCGAAGUCUGUAGUUCUGAAGUCAAGACCCCGAGUAAGCCUAAAUUUAAACUAGGGGUGCAGGUCUUUGAGACAACGUCCACAACUGCAAGCCCUGCGAAACGAUCUUCCAGGUGGGACGUCGGUGGACCUGCCACUGAAAUAGCUGACAUACCGGUUCCCGAGACAAAUGAAGCAGAAAAAAGUGACACGACUACGUCACCACCCAAAUUUUUCUUUGGACCCAACUGUGUAUCUUACAAUGCUUUGAAACCCAAAAACGUACAGCAACAGUUGGUGUCUAAUACGAAUGACACAGACUGCUUGGAAGAAAAGGAGGAAAUCAAAGAGAUGCACGAAAAAAUGGUUCCUAAACAUGUAGAGGAAGAGGGAAAGUCUUCCGAUAGUGACGAUGUUCAAGAACAAAAAAAAUGUGAUGUGAAUGUUGAACAAAGUGAACACAAAGAAGAAAAUGUAGUCAAAGAAUUGACCAAAGCUUCGAUUCCACUAGAAACUGAGAAUGUAAAAGAGGCUGAGACUAAGAUGGAGGCAGAUGUAACAUUUGUAAAUGAUGGAAAAGUUGAAAAAUUAAUCAAAGCUACAGAGGAAGAUGAUGCUCAAAAUGAACUAAAAAAUGAAGCCUUAAUAGAUGUACCGAGUUCUAGUGACGUUGCUCAUGAAGAAUCUUCGUCUGUUGAUUCAAGUACUGAUAAACUUGAAAAGAAAAAAGAACUGAGAGAAGAAAAUAAUGUACAGAGUAGUGAAAAAUCUGUCCAAUAUGCGAAAAUAUCGACUCCAUCAAAUAUUGAGAAUGUUGAGAAUCCUGGAAAAGAAUCGGAAGAACAAGUCUCCAAUACAACUGAUGAAAUUUUUCAAGUUGAAGAACCUUCGACAACGGAGGAUCAAGCUGACUGCAAACCAAGUGGAGAUUUUUCAGUUCCAACUGUACAAGAAGAACCUUCCUCUAGUGAAAAAAUUGACGAUCUGGAUGAAUUGAAAGACUUUACGGAAGUGUCAGAAUCGUCUCGCGAUAGUCCUGUUGGAGAUCUCGAAGAUGAGCUUGGUAAGACUCUGGCCGCGAUCAACGAACUUGAAGAACCGUCAUCUUCUCAACUGUUGAAAAUAUCCAAUAGUUCUGAAGUUUCGCAAAGUAAAGAGACACCCAAAGACUAUGUAGAAACUGGAAUAACCAAACCAGAUAGUAGCGAAGAAAAAAAUCACGAUCUAGAAGCUACCCUUGCAAGUAUGGAUGAUGGUGCUAUGAAAUCUUUUGACGAUUUCAACAAAGAAAUUAGUGAUUCGUCUGUGAGUGCCGAGGGCUGCUGCAAAAGUAGUAAACCUCAACGAAUCAUAGAUGACGAUAGCAGUAAUUUAUUUGACGAAGAUGUAUUUGAAACUAAAGAACAAAUUGAUUCAAUUUCGAAUCUUUUAACUUCUUUAGAGAAGGAUGAAGACAUUGCACCACAUUUGCAUAAAGAGUCGGAUGUGCAACAAUCGAGUCUUGUGUCAACAUUAGGAGGACAUAUCAGUAAAAUCGAGUCUAAGACAAAAACAGGUGAUAGCAGCUCUAGUACACCUGAAACGGUGCAUAGCGUUUCGGAAGAUUUUAGCUUCCAACAACCAAGUUCUUCAGUGGAAAAGAAUCAAAAUGAAUCCACUCAAAAUAUGGAAGAAAAUUUUUGUGAUGCUUCUGAUGCUGAAAAAAAUGUAGAAAGUAUGGACACAAAAGAAGCUACUUCAAAUGAUACCAUCGAAAAUCUAGCAUCAGAGCCAAAUAUGGAAAGUAAAUUUUCAUGUCAUCCAUUUCUAAGGCCUGAUGACGAAGUUAGUGCUUCGGAUAAGGCUGCAGAAUGCACAUCGACAAAAAUAGAUGAUCCAGAUAUUACGAGUGAAUUGGAUAAAACAGACUACGAGUUGGAAGACACGUUGAAAAUGGCAGAAUCGUUUUCAGAUUUCAACACUUCAAGACUGUGUGAGCCAUCAAGAUUUUUUAUGUUUAACAAACACGAUGAGACCAUACAAUCAGAAAAAAUGGAAGAAAGUGUAAUAGAAGAUUCUAGCCUCGAUCAACAACCAUUGGUCAAUACUGUGACUAAACAAUGUGACGAAACAGACUUUAUUUUUCCAAGACCUGCAGUGUCACAAAACUUUUCUCAAAUUCCGAAAGAAAGUAGAGACGUUGGUAAUGACGUUCCAUCCUCUUCCGAAAAAAAAUUAACCCCAGAGCCUGUCAAAGCCGAACCGAGUAAUAUCGAUCUUGAAAAGAUAGAGGAUGAACCAGACAGCACAGAAAGCAAGAUUGAAACAGAUGUCCCAGACGAUAAAAGAAUGGAUGAUAAUUUAUCCGAGGUAUCCAGCUUAAUCGUCGAAUGCUCGAGUAUACAAGAAGAUGAUGAUAUCUCAUUGACAGAUCCAAACGAUUCUAUUCAAGCAGACGAUCAAUCUUGUGAUUCAAAUAAAGACGAGGAUCUCGAGCCUCCACAAGAUAUCUCUAUGGAUGAAAAUUUGCCAAGUGAUGAUGGGAAAAUUGACGAAACAUUUCAAGAAUCGUCAAAGGUGGCGGUCUCAGAAAUCGAAAACAUAGAUAAUUCGGUAAUAGAAAGGCUAGAUGAAGAUGCUGCAGGAAAUGAUUCCCUAAAAGAAGAUAAAGUUUGUUCUCUAGACGAGGAAAGUAAGAUUAGCAAAGAAAAAGUGAUGGAUGAGAUUUCUGAAGACGAACCUGCAGUUUCUUCAACAAAACUAGAAACUGCAGAAGUAUUUUCUAAUGCACCUGUUGUUCAACAAGAUAUUGCUAAAACUCCAGAAAAGAGUACUAAUAUGGAUGAAGAAAGGAAAGAAGAGAAUGAAGAGGCUGUAACUGCUAAUGAUAAUAAAAAGCAAGAAAGUGAUAAAGCAAUUGAAUCAGGAUAUAAAUCUUUGGUAGCUAACUAUGACGACAGCGACUCUAACGAACUCGAGACCAACAUCUUUGAGAGUGAAAAUACCGAAUGCAUUGUUACUUUGAAAGGAGAUGUCAAAAAUGACAUUGAGGCAAAACUUGCAGUUGAUACUUUUUCGAAAACUGACGCUGCUGAAGUAGAAACCCCAAUAGUUCCUACCCAAUCGAAAGUCAAUAAAGAUGAAGCUCAAUCGGCUUCUAUUGCAGAAGAUAUUCCAGAAGAAGAGGUUGAGCAAAAAGUAGAAAGUCUCAAUACACCCGGGGAAGAUGACAAACUAACAGAUGACGAAACGGAUUCGCCAGUUGAAACAAAUACAGACGUAGCAGAAAAUACUGAUAAAGAUAGUGUUUUAGCAAUAGAACCAGUUUGUGUUGAAAGUGUUUCAGAAAUAUACAGUGAUGUAGUGCCAGAAAAAGUUGAGGCUGAAAAGUUUCCUAUUACAAUUGAAGUGAAAGAGCCCAGUGUCAAUUUAGAAACAGACAGCGAUGUAGUGCAAGAAAAUGUAGAGGCUGUGAAGUUUUCCAUUGCAACCGAAGAAGAAGAGCUCGGUGCCAAUUUAGAAACGGUCAAUGAUUUAGUGGAAAAAAAUAUCGAGGCUGUAAAAUCACCUAUUUUAAUCAAAGAAAAAGAGCCUAGUGCCGAUUUUGAAAUGGACAACGACGCAGUGCAAGAAAAUAUCGAGGCUGCAGGAUUGCCCAUUGCAAUUGAAGAAAAAGAGCUCGGUAUUGAUUUGGAUGAGAACAGUGAUGUGAUACACGAAAAAGUCGAGGCUGUUAAAUUACCAACUGCAAUGGAGGAAAAAGAAGAUAGUGCCGAUUUAGAAAAGGACAACGAUCCACUUCCAGAAAAUGCCGAGGCUGUUAAAUCGCCAAUAAUAGCGGAAGAAAAAGGUGACAGAGACGAUUUAGACGAGGACAGCGACGCAGUGCAAGAAAAUGUUGAGGCUGUUAAGUCGCCAAUAGUAGCGGCAGAAAAAGAGCCCAGUAUCGAUUCAGAAGUGGAUAAUGAUACAUUGCAAGAUAAUGUCAAAGCUCUUAAGUUGCCUAUUGCAAUUGAAGUUAACGAGCCCAACGUCGAUUCAGAUGAAGACCGUGAUGUGGUACAAGAAAAAAUCGAGACUGUUGAAACGCCUACAGUAGCGGACGAUAAAGAACACAGUAUCGAUUCUGAAGUGGACAGUGACGAACUGCAAAAAAAUGUUGAGACUGUUAAAUUGCCCGCUGCAAUUGAAGAUAAAGAGUCUAAUGUCGAACGAGAUGAAGACCGUGAUGGGGUACAAGAAAAAGUCGAGACUAUUGAAUCGCCUAUAGUGGCGGACAAUAAAGAACACAGUAUCGAUUCAGAAGUGGACAGUGAAAGGCUGCGAGAAAGUAUCAAAGCUAUUAAAACGCCAAUUGUUGCGGAAGAAAAAGAACAUAAUGUCGAUUCAGAAGAGGACAGCGAUGGGGUACAAGAAAACGCUGAAGCUCUUGAAUUGACAAAAGAAGUAGAAGAAAAGAAGCACCUUGAUUUAAAAACUCCGAAAAAAGUAAGCUUGGUCAAUCACGAAGUUGAGACCCCCGGUAAACUUGUAAACAGUUCUGAGUUAGUGACGAGUAAUAGCCUUGAGCCUGUAAACGAAAAAUCGAACAUUGAAAGACUAGAAGAUUUUGUUGUACAACAGGGAAGCGAAAAAUCAAAUUCUCCAAGCAAAUUUAACAUGAAACUCGAUGUGGAUAGUCCAAUAGUCCAAAUCUCGAAAAAGCGCCGUGAGGGAGAUUUUUCAAAAGACAUGUUGGAUAAUAUUUACUAUGAAAGCAAGCAACAAUUCAACGAAAUUAUUCCUAACAAUAAAGUCAUUUCUGCAUAUCAAAUGGAGACGACUAUGCCUAUACAUUCCACAACCAUGGAUGAUAAAUUUGAUAAUUUCAAGUACAACGAAAAAAUGGUAAUAAAUGAAAUUAAAAAUGAGGACAGAUUUUCCACUGAGGUACCAAUUGAUUCCGGCAUUAAUCGUAAAGAUGAAAUUAUGGAUAUUGAAAGCGCGUUUAGGAAAGAUAGUAUCAAAAGGCUACCAUCAGACGAUUUAGAAGACAUACCACCGGCAAAACUAAAAGCAUCCAAAACUGAUGAGACUAUUGAUAAAACGUUACCCGAGAUGUCGAAAGUAAUGCCUAUGGAAACUGAAGUGAUACCACGCGAAGCGCUAAAAGAAGAAAAUAAACGCUUGCCUGUUGAUAAACUUACAGAAAACAUCUCAUUGACUUUGCCAGAAGUCAAAGAAGAAAAUUUAAAGAUCGAAUCGCAGUUUUCAAACGAACCUAGUAAAAACUUUCCAGCUGUUGAGACAGAGGUCAAAGACAAAGAACAUUUUCAGAUUGAGCCACAGUCUUCAAGUGAACCUAGUGAAGACUUUGCUGCUUACAAGCCAGAGGUCAAGGAAGAAGAUUAUCUACAGACCGAGUCUCAGUCUUCAAAAGAACCUAAUCGAGACUUAGCAGUUGAUGAGCCAGAGGUCAAGGAAGAAGAAAAGUUCCAGACUGAGUCACAGCCUUUAAAAGAAAUUAAUAAAGAUUCAAUAGUCGAAAAGUCAGAACAAAUGUUAGGGUCAAAAAGUGAGUUACCACCAACACUUGACUCUGCAGAAGUUGCUCCAGAAGAGUAUUUGGGGCAUGCACAUUUGGACGAGCCUCCAAUGACAAUCACAUGCGCGGAUCAGCCAAAACCUCACGAUGAGCAUGUUCCUGUUCCUCUUGCGGUUGAAUCAAAAAUAACUGAAAAGCCUGUUAGUUUUCUGAUUAAAGAACAAAAAGAUGAAGAAAAAGAGAAAGAAGUAGAUGAACCUGAGGAUUUGACACCUGAAGACAGUUUGAUACCGUCUGAGCCCAAAGAUACGGAAAUGCAGGUUUCAGAAGAGCCAAAAGAUGCUCCUGUUGAUGAAUUGAUCCAAUCUCCAACAGUUACAGAACCAACGAUGCCAAUUGAGCCUACAAGUUCCGAAAAACAAGAAACAUUUGAGUUUACACCGGAACAACCAGAGGUGAAAGCUGCAGCCAUCCAACCACAAACGGUAGAACCUAUGGCUUUGCCUCAAACAUCUGAAAUUCAGCCAAUGGCAGUUCAAGAACAUCCAAUGGAGCCAGUCUUAGGUAAAGUAGUCGAUUCUCAACCUCAAGAAGAAACGAUGCAAACAAGCGAGCCUCUUCCUCCUUCUACACCUCUUCUAGAACAACUUGCAGUCUUCCGAGAAGAACGAAUGCAAACAAGUGAGCUUCCAGCUGAGCAAUAUCUGGGGACGGAAAAAUUCCCAGUGGAUAGGCAAAUGCUCCAAGCUCUCGUUGAAAAACCUCAGGAAGUAGAAGUAAUUGUUUCCCCCUCGGAACAUGUCAGUCUUGCCGAGCAGCAACCUCAAUCGACUUUUGAACAAAAAAUCGAUGAACAAAUGGACUCGGACGAUUCGGCGGGCUGUGACAACGACGAAAGCAUGUUCAACGCUCCACCAGCUGAGGAAGACGAGUCCGCGGAAGAAGUACUGCCGUCUUCAGUGGGUCAGAUUCGCGUGAAAACCGUCUCUGAGCUCGUCGGUGUUGAUGGAGGCUGGAAACUUGACUCGACAACAGAGUCUCCUCCUCCUCCACUCCCUCCAACUGCUGCGCUGUCCGAAGAAUCGAGACUGACUCGACAGUCUCGAAAAAGACGCAACAGUGCCCAGGACUCGACUUCGGAAGAUUGUGCCCCAACACAGGUUCAGACCGAAGAGGACGAGGCUGGUGGCAAGAGGUUGAAACUGAGGGCUAAGCGCUCGCCUGACAUCGAGCUGCGAAAGAGUGUCGAAAAGAACAGAAAAAUCAGUGCUAGUUCCGAAGACGACAGCAAAAGAGUGCCGACGACUUUGGAUGAAGCUUCUCAGGAGGAGGAGGAGGUCUCGAAAGAGGAAGCUCAGAAAACAACACCGUCAGCGGUGUCGAGAAAAAUCAGGGGUAGACCCAAAGGUCGCAAAAGGUCUAGAAAAGGGGGCAGGCCAAACAAGACGCCAAAAAAGACAAGCGAGCCAAUCAGCGGCGACAACGCAGGUGCAGAAGCAGCUGACGAGUCAAAUGACGUCACUACAGACGAGCCUCUUUCCAAAUCUGAAAAACUCGAUGCACCAGCCGACGAGGUUGCAGGCACACCAAAAACCACCGAUGACAAAAAGAAGCAGCGCAAAAAGCGUAACAUGUUGCUUGGUCUGGAAAUCCCUCCCGAAGCUACCGACAUGGGCGAUUUGAGCGAGACACCCGUGCGUGCGUCCCGACGUAUAGCUCAACUGCGCAUAAGAAAAGAAGCUGAGGACAGCAAGCACCGCGAAGACGAGGUCCAAGAGGCUAUCAGGAAACAUAAAAAGGACAAGGGUGGUACCCACCACGAGAAGCCGCAGAUAGAGUUUUCCGAAAAAAAGAAGCGCAAAAAGCAGCAGCAGCAAGAAAGCGAGGAGGACGCCGCGAUGAUGAGGGAUCUGGAAAAAGAAGAUGCCAAGUCGAAGAAGAAAAAGAAAAGGCGCAAAAAGAAGAAACUUGCCGCUAAAUUCAACCACGACCACCCGUGGCAGAGUUCUUCCGGCUCUUCGACCUCGGACGAGAACGAGCGCGAGGAAGAGGAUCUCGAAGAGGAAAUCGAGAGCGACGGCGAGCGACUUGUCUUCAAGAGUGACCACGAGUUCUCGCCCGAGAGCGACCUCGAGAAGGACGACGACUUGGCUGAGCCUCUGCGUCGCGCGAGAACUGCCCAGAAGGCGGAAGAGGCAGCCGAUACCGAGGCCGAAGACGAGUACGCGUGUCAAAAGUGUAGCAAAGCCGAUCAUCCAGAGUGGAUUUUGCUCUGCGACAGUUGCGACAAGGGCUGGCAUUGCUCGUGCCUGCGACCCGCACUCAUGCUCAUUCCAGAAGGAGACUGGUACUGUCCACCCUGUCAGCACAAGAGCCUCGUGGUGAAGCUACAAGAGAGCCUCAAGACACUCGAUCAGAUAACAAAAAAACACGAGAACGAGAUUCUUAGGAAAAAGAGGCUCGCUUACGUGGGCAUAAGCCUCGACAAUGUGCUGCAGAAGAGCGAGGAUGCCAGAAGCCGGGACGAGUCGAGCCAGGAUGAGAACGAGGACGAUUCGAGUGGACCGGGCUCGAGCAGUGGCUCCAGUUCCGAGGAAACUAGCAGUGACGAAAGUGAGCCCGUUUAUCAGCUUAGGGAGAGAAGGUGUGCCAAUACAUCUUAUAAAUUCAAUGAGUAUGACGAUAUGAUUAAUGCUGCUAUCAAGGAUGAAGUUGAUGCUGUGAGGGGUGCUGGCAAUCAAGGCCGUGGUAAAGACAUCGCGACUAUCGUGAAUGCCGAAAAGGAAGAAAAAGCUCAAUCCGAGGUUCUGAAACAACUUAAAGAUGAUGAUCUUGAUUAUAAAGGUGAAAAGUCCGAGAAAGAAAGCGACGAGGACUACAAGAUCGAAAAAGACGAGAACGUUGCUGAUGAAGAAGAAGAAGAUGAUGAUGGCCGAGCUGCCAGAGCAGCAAACAGGCAAAAGUUAUUGGCGCGUAAAAAACACCGCAAGCUCAACAGCCUUGACAUCAGCAGCGAGGAAGAUGAUCCGUACAGUGAUGAGGACUUCAAAGGUACAAGUUCGGAUGAAGAGGAGGAAGAUCAGCUAAGCUCCUCCGAUGACAGCGAUAUGGGUAGUAGGAGAAGAGGUAAAAAGGGAGGUUCAAGGCCUGUCAGAAGAUCCACUAGGGCUAGAAUGACGCGCUAUGAUGAGGACUUUAUUAUGAAAUCGUUUAAUACAUGGAAUACAAUGUUUGUCAUAAGUAGUCGCAGAACAUCUACGUCCAGAAAAUCGGUGCCAAAAGUGAAGCCAGCGAAAAAGAAAAAGAAAAGAAAACGUAUUAUCACUAACGAAAGUGACGAUGAAGAUGAAUCAAUACGAUUUGGCGAUAUUCCUCAAGAAACGAGCGAGUCUGCUCAACAACCAGCUGAACCCGCACCAGUGGCUGUUGAUCUUGCACCGAUAGCACCUGAACUCGUUUCGCAGCAAGAAUCGUCAGAAGUACCGAGUUUAAGCACAAACGACCCAAUCAAGGAUAUUGAGAUGGCAAUGGAUGAAUCUACCCCUAUGGAGCAAGCGGCACCGGUGCCUAUGCAGGAGAUUCCUGUGAUACAGCAACCAGUUGCUGAUCCUACUGCAAUGGAAUACAAUGACGCAUCUUUUAAAGCUGUGGAUGUUAGGAGAAAAAAGGACGGGCAGCCAAAACAAAAAAAAAUACGAAGAAAGGUGAUUUAUGGACGAAUCCCCGAUGAAAAUGAAACGGCCCAGGAAGAAACAACACUAGGAAGACGCACUCGUGGCAGAAAGAUUAGUUAUCUUGACGCCAUGCCAUCUGACAGUGAUGAGGAAUUAAAAAAAGCUUUGAAAAAAACGGAAGAAACAGAGGAAGAAUUUGUCGUUCAUGACAAUGAGGAAGUAAUUGAUGAUGUUGAAAAAGACUCUGACUCUGGAGAUGUAUACUCGCCCAAGCAUCAAUCCUUGCGAGCUAAAAAUAAAUCGCCAAAAAUGCGCCGAGGAAAGAAAAGUCCUGGAGUCAAGAGGAAAUCAGUAUCGGAGGAUGCACAGCCAAAACCGCGAAAAAAACCUGGUCCUAAACCAGGCACCAAACAUAAGCCUAGAGCGAGUAAAGCCGGCGAAGAUCUCCCUGGUAUCGAUCCAAGCAGCCUCAUCAAUGACGCCGAAAUGUUGUCAAGUAUGCAGGUUGACGAUCCUCAAGGUGUUAUAAGUGGUACUGUAACCGGAGAAGGAUCUUUGGCUGGUCUUGGACCACCGGAGCUCGAAGGUUUGGAUGAAGGAGAGUUUGAACAAAUGAUGAUGGAAGACGAAGAGUAUGGCAGAAGACAGCUGGAAAUGGCUGCCAUUGAAAUUGCCAAGAACAAAAAGAAAAAGGAAGAACGGGAAGCCAAAAAACUCGAAAAAGCACGACUGAAGGCCUUGGAAAUUUUAGCAGCUGAACGUCAAGAGAGUAUGAACAUGGAAGGUACGGAUGGCGAAGUACCAAAAAAGAAGAAACGUGGUCGGCGUAGUAAGGCUGAAAUUCUCGCUGAGCAGAUGCGCAGAGAGUCGUUAGGUUUGCCACCAGAACCAGUAAGCAUGCCUGUGACGAUAGGAGCGCCUCUCCUUCCUCUACCAACUUCGGAUGUGGUGGCUGCUGCAAUGCCUACAAUGCCUACAAUGCCUGCAAUGCCUAUUAUGCCCAGCAUGGAUGCAGCCUCUGAUCAGCGCAUGAUGGACAAUCCUAUGAUGCCUAUGAUUCCUGGGAUGGAAAGUCAGCAACCACUAUUCCAUCCCGAUGGUAGUCCACUAAAGCCAAAACGUCGUGGAAGAGGCAAGGGCAAAAAGACCCUGGCCAUGGAAGCUGCAAAAGCAGCUGAAUCAAUGUCAAAAACUGGGAUCAUAGGCAUAGGACCAGAUGCGAAUCCUGAAGAGAUGCAGCCUAGCAUAAUGCCAACACCUGGGAGUAGUACAUCAGGUUCCGCACCAUCUACGCCUCCGGCUGGUGUUACAUCUCAAGGUGGCCCAUUACCACUUGGUAACCAACCCACAAAUCCUCAAGCGGUCUACCCUGGUUCAUUGCCACCUCAGCAACAGUCGUCGGUUAUUACGAGGAUGCUGCAGUCGCAACCCCCUGUGCCGAGUAGUCCACAGUCGUUUACGCAGGCAGCUGCAGCAAUGGGGCACAAGUAUUUUGGUGGUCCAAAUACACCCGGACAAAUGAUGGUGGGACCUAGACCUGGUUAUGACAUGCAGAGCAGAGGACGAAUCCCAUCGCCGUACAGACAACCAGGUCAACAGGCCAUGCCUCCACACUUUGCAGCAGUACGUUCUGGCACACCUCCAGGUAUGCGUCUACGAGUACCUGGGCCACAGAUGUACCACACACCACAUCAUCCGAUGGAUCCAUCUCCGUCUGGUGGUGGUCCCAUUUCCAUCAACAGUCGUACAGGUGACCGUAGUUCACCACUCGGACCUGGACCUCCGGGACCUCCAUCUAUGAUUCCACCCUCGGCUGGCAGUCCAUUGGCCAAAGGGGGCCCUACGCCACCACCGCCGUAUGUUCGUGGCGUCACACGCUUUGGCGACACAGGUCAGAUGAAUACCGCUCGACACCAGCUGCCACCUUUCACAAACGCCUCGCCUACCGGUGUAGUGGUAAAUCACAAUAUGCAGCCCCAGCCCUCGCCCCCGACGAACCGGGCUGGUGCAGCCGGCAACUUUUCGCCGUACCAUCCGCCUCCGCCUCCGAACUAUCAUUACGGCGCGUAUCCACCCCCACCGCCAAUGUCGACGGCUGACGAUGCAGCGGCAUACCAGAGCUCACCGUACUCUAGCUCAGCUGAGCAGCAUUACUCGUCACCUGGCCUCGAUGCCCAAGCCUCUGGCAUUCAGGGACCACCACCACAGGCUCAGCCGUCCUCGCAAGCGGCACCGCCUCCACAGCAGCCACCGCAGUCUCAGGGCCAAUCACAGGGCCCGUCGGGUCCUGGCCCGGUCGGUCCCCCUGGACAUGCACACGCUCACCCUGGGCAUCCGGGCCACCCUGAGGGACACCCUCAUCCGCACCCCCAUUCACAUCCACAUCCAGGUGGCAAAUACGAUGAGGAAGGAAGCGGCGAGUUUGGUGGUCUCGUCUCCUACUUUAGCAGUCAGCGCGAGGACGAUCUAGAAUCGUAGCAUGAGUGAGAUCCUGGUCAGCCGCAAUUGUACGACUACUCGUUGAACCAUUGAAGGACACAGGUGUCUCCGAUUGUGUCUUUUCGCCCUGCUGGGCUGCUUUUCUGCUUGUCUUUUUCCCUCUAAUGGACUUUAUCUCGUCGUUUUCUCGUGCAAGAAAGACAACAGAGGUGGCUGAUUUUUGUUUCUACUCUUGUGACUCUCUUUCAAAUAACCGAUAACGAAACAAUUUUUUUCGGGGCAAGCAGCUAUAAGCAAGUUAUGAGUCAAAAGCGGAUGACAGGAUUUUUUAAUGUCGCAAAUUUUUUAAUGAUAAUUAUAGUGUUUUUUCAUCUAAUGUUUAUUAAUCGUGUACAAAAUAUUUUUGAUCUUAGGCAUAUUGUCGCCUAUGCGUUUCAAUUCGUCCCUAUAAAUCGACGAUUAUAAUUACAGUGAGUGACUGUUUUUUCUGCAUUACUGCAUAACGAUCUCACAAAGUUGUACAGUGCGUCAUAACGCUCUUGCGUUUCCUCGGUAAAACGAAGAUUAUCAAGAGGAAUUAUGAAAACAAAAGUGAUCAUUUGACCCGGUUUUCAAUGAGAUCAGGAACACUUACACGUCCCAUCCUCGAAUUCUGAUAUAGUUUUUUACAAAUAAGCGUUUGACAUAAUGUGACGAUUGUUUCUUUACAAAUACCCACGUACACAUGCGUUUCAGAACAUAUUUUUAUCGUCAAGGGUGCACGUCGCCUUAGCGAAAAAAAAAAAAUCAAAAAAAAAACAAAAGGGAACUAGACAAUGGUAUCUAU